CUCCCCAUUUAUCUCAUCGAGCAAAAAGGAAAAUGUGGUCUAAAGCGUCGCGGUUACAUUCAGAAGAGGACAUGGGCCUCCGGGCAGCGUUUAUCCCGGCGGCGGCGGUGGACGGCGGGGCCAAAUUGGAGAGGCUAACCAUCGACGACAUGUUGCAAAAACACUGCGGCGAGUUCGGGUGGUGGCAGUUAAAACACUUCGUCUUAACCAGUUUGGCUUGGGCUCUAGAGGGCAUUCACACCAUGGUCAUGAUCUUCGCCGAUCGUGACCCCGGCUGGCGCUGCACUACUUCCGGUUGCUCUUCCGACGUGUGCAAUCUGGAAGGCGGGUCGUGGGAGUGGGAAGGCGGGCCGGAAAGCUCUACCAUGGCCGAGUUUGGAUUGAUAUGCGGUCACAAAUACCGGGUUGGGUUGGUCCAAGCCUUGUUCUUCGCCGGCUGCAUGAUCGGUGCCGGAAUAUUUGGACAUCUCUCAGACUCAAGAAUGGGAAGAAAGGGCACUUUAACCAUUGUUUGCUUAAUGAACGCCAUAUUUGGCUGCCUCACGGCUUUCUCCCCAAACUAUUACGUCUACGUCUUCUUCCGUCUCCUCUCUGGUUUCAGCACCGGCGGCACCGGCCUCUGUGCAUUCGUCCUCGCCACCGAGCCCGUUGGCCCAAUAAAACGAGGCAUUGCCGGCAUGUCCACUUUCUACUUCUUCUCUUCCGGGAUUGCUAUUCUCGCCGGUAUAGCCUACCUUUUCCAAACAUGGAGGGCUCUCUACAUCGCUUCUUCCAUUCCCUCCCUUCUCUUUCUGAUUCUCGUCCUGCCCUUCAUCCACGAAUCCCCUCGUUGGUGCCUCAUCAGAGGGAAAGUCCACGACGCCAUGAAAAUCAUGCACAGCAUUGCCAAAUCCAAUGGAAAACACCUCCCGGAGAAUGUUGUCAUUGCCCUUGACAGUGAAGUUAACGGGGAUUACUACUCCGAUGAUCCGGAAUCAAAACAGGUCACAAGUUCGCUAAUAGAUGUGUUGCGAUGCCCUCUCACUCGCAUUCGUUUGUUCCUAGCAGUGACCAUUAACUUCACCAUGGCCACUGUCUACUAUGGGCUCAGUCUAAACGCCGUUAACCUCGGGACGAACCUUUACAUGAACGUUGCACUCAACGCCAUAGCCGAAAUGCCGGCAUAUUUCUUGACGGCGAUCUGGCUAGACAAGCUAGGGAGGAAGCCAUUGACGAUAGGCACGCACUGGUUCAGCGGGGUUUUCUGCCUGGCCGGGAGCUCGAUGAAGGGCUACGGGACGUGGAAGAUUAUCAGAAUGAUCUGCGGCAUUCUUGGGAUAUUCGGGAUGGCCGGAACUUACAAUCUGUUGUUCAUCUACACGGUGGAGCUUUUCCCCACGACGGUGAGAAAUGCAGCACUGGGAUCCACAACUCAGGCGGCGCAGCUGGGGGCUAUCCUCUCACCUCUUAUAGUAGUUUUGGGAGGUGGAAUUCCGUUCGCCGUGUUCGGGGCUUUCGGAAUUUCCGGUGGAUUGCUAGGGUUUUUCCUGCCUGAGACCUUGAACAAACCAUUGUAUGAUACAAUGGAAGGAAUGGAGGAUGGAGAAUCAAAAGAAGCUGCUGCAUGAAGAACUGCAAAUUUCAUCAAGUAAUAGCUUCUUUCUAUCAAUCUUAUCAUAUGUAAGAUGUAAUAAUAAUGCCCAAGAAAGUGGGCCUAAGACAAUGUUUUAUGCCAAAAAUCAAAUUUCAUGCAAAAAUCGAGUUUGAUGCA